CGGUUCAAAUAUUCCAGGCUCUUGUUUCAGUGUAGUAACACAGUGAAGACGGGAGCUUUGGCUAUCGCUGCACAUCGGAAUAGCCUACUUAUCUACACUCUGUCGUUUGUAACUUUCGGGAAAUGAAAUUGAUUAAUUAAGCUUGAAGACUAAAUCCAGCCAAAAUGACGGUGGAUUUUGAAGAAUGUGUGAAAGAUUCACCCCGGUUCAGGGCGAACAUUAAUGAAGUGGAGACGGAGGUGGUAGAGAUUGAAGUGAAACUAGACAAGUUGGUGAAGCUAUGCAGUGGGAUGAUCGAGGCAGGGAAGGCGUAUGUCAGCGCCAACAAACUCUUUGUGAACGGGAUCCGGGACCUGUCCCAACAAUGCAAGAAGGAUGAGAUGAUAUCGGAGUGCCUGGAAAAGUGCGGGGAGAGCCUCCAGGAAAUAGUCAACUACCACAUGAUUCUGUUCGAUCAAGCCCAGAGAUCUGUGAAGCAGCAGUUACACACCUUUGUGAAAGAGGAUGUCCGUAAAUUCAAGGAGACCAAGAAGCACUUUGACCGUGUGCGUGAGGACUUGGAGAUAGCCCAGGUGAAGAACGCCCAGGCCCCCAGGAACAAACCUCACGAGGUGGAGGAGGCCACUGGAACACUCAGCAUCACCAGGAAGUGCUUCCGACACCUGGCCCUCGACUACGUACUUCAGAUUAACGUCCUUCAAGCCAAGAAGAAGUUUGAGAUCCUAGAUGCUAUGCUGUCCUUCAUGCAUGCCCAGUACUCCCUCUUUCAGCAGGGCUACAACCUGCUGGAUGAGAUUGACCCCUACAUGAAGAAGCUGGCUGCUGAGUUGGAUCAGUUGGUGAUUGACUCGGCAAUGGAGAAGAGGGAUAUGGAACACAAGCACGCCACCAUACAGCAGAGGACUCUGAUGCAGGACUUCUCCUAUGACGACUCCAAGGUGGAGUUGUUCAACGUGGACGCUCCCAAUGGCGUGGUGAUGGAGGGGUACCUGUUCAAGAGGGCCAGCAAUGCUUUCAAGACCUGGAACAGGCGGUGGUUUUCCAUCCAGAACAGUCAGCUGGUCUAUCAGAAGAAGCUGAAGGAUUCCCUGACGGUGGUGGUGGAGGACCUCAGGCUUUGCUCUGUCAAGCCCUGUGAGGACAUCGAGAGGAGGUUCUGCUUCGAGGUUGUCUCCCCCACCAAGAGCUGUAUGCUCCAGGCGGAGUCAGAGAAGCUUCGGCUAGCCUGGAUCCAAGCAGUGCAGGCCAGCAUUGCCUCAGCAUACAGGGAGAGCCCAGACUACCAUUAUGUCGAGCGUCUGGACAGGACCGCCUCACCGUCUGUCAGCAGUAUCGACUCGGCCAAUGAGCCUCGGGAGCGAAGCAUGAGGGGGGAGAGUAUUCUGCACCGCAUCCAGUGUCUCCCGGGCAACGAGUAUUGCUGUGACUGUGGCCAGGCUGACCCGCGCUGGGCCUCCAUCAACCUGGGCAUCCUGCUUUGCAUCGAGUGCUCCGGCAUCCACAGGAGUUUGGGGGUUCACUGCUCCAAGGUGCGCUCUCUAACGUUGGACUCAUGGGAACCUGAAUUACUCAAGUUAAUGUGCGAGCUGGGAAACAGUGUCAUCAACCACAUCUAUGAGGGAGCAUGUGAGGAGCAGGGCCUGAAGAAACCAGGGCCCUCAAGUUCCAGGCAAGAGAAGGAGGCGUGGAUCAAAUCUAAGUACGUGGAGAAGAAGUUCCUGAAGAAGUUGGGGGCCACCGAGGUGCUGGUGAACGGCGGGCGAAAGUCAGCGCGCCGGUGGAGUGUGAAGAAGUGCCGGAGACACAACAGUGCCACCACAGUGCCCAAGACCCGACGAAAAUAUCGCCAGGAGCUGGGUAGCGCCUCCCCUGCCACCCUCUCCUCAGCGGCUUCAGCUCUAGAGAGGAAGUUCCGACGAGAGUCACUGUUUUGUCCAGAUGAGCUGGACAAUCUCUUCUCUUACUUCGACACAGGAUCUGGGCCUCGUAGCCCUGCAGGUCUGAGCAGUGACAGUGGCCUGGGCGGCAGUACAGACGGCAGCACAGACAUCCUGGUGUUCGGCUCAGUGGUGGACAGUGUCACAGAGGAGGAGCGUGAGGUGUCAGAGGACUCUAGCGGAGAGGCUGAGAUGGAGCCGGAGCCUGAGACCCAGUCGGACCCGGAAGAUAGGCGUGAGCUCCACCCUGGGGCGCUGCUCUACAAGGCCUCCCAGGCACGCAACCUGCCCGUCAUGGCCGAGGCACUGGCCCACGGGGCUGACGUCAACUCCGUCAACGACGAGGAUGAUGGCAAGAGCCCACUCAUACAGGCUGUGAUUGGGGGCUCUUUGAUAGCCUGUGAGUUCCUGCUCCAGAAUGCAGCUGACGUCAACCAAAGAGACGCAAAGGGGAGGGGGCCACUACACCACGCCACAUAUCUGGGACACACAGGGCAGGUGUGUUUGUUCCUGAAGAGAGGAGCCACGCAGAACGACGGGGACGAGGAUGGCCAGGACCCUCUGAGUAUCGCUGUGCAGGCAGCCAACGCAGACAUCGUCACCUUGUUGCGUCUGGCCAGGAUGAACGAGGAGAUGCGGGAGUCGGAGGGACCGUUCGGCCAGCCAGGAGACACUACUUACCUGGAUAUCUUCCGAGAGUUUUCUCACAUGGCCUCACACAACCCAGAGAAGCUGAAGCGGAGGAGUGUGCAUUUCAGACACUCUUUCAGGUAGCCCACGGAGGGAUGAGAUGUCUGGGAAGUCAUACUUGAAGAGUGCAACAGUCACUUUCCUUACAUCAUUACAGAUUUGCAUAGUGAGUCUAGCCCCCUCAUAUUCAGAACCCGACUUCACUAAUCCUCUCAGAUCCUCAACUCAUAAAUGUUCUUCACAAAUGAGAACCACUAUUGCCCUGUUCCAAAUUGCCCCACUACAGGUAUUAUCUCUACUGAUAAUCUCAAUACCACCUCACACUAAAUUACUCCACUCAUCUUAAUGGUAAAACCACUUUUGUCAACAUGCACUACAGUAUAUGGGAGAUGCCUAGAAAUGUUGCCUCUGAAAACAUAGGGAGAUGCUAUCAAGAAUGAUUGUCACUGUGCUACAAACAUCUGUGGAUUCUUAGAUGAUGUUCAUGUAUUACUUCUUUGACAGAAGAUGUUGAUGCUUUUCAGCAAUUGGGAAGCAUAUUUUGUUGGAGAAUGCUGUAUGUUACAAAUGUGUGAGAUGCAUAUUCUGUUAUCAAAUCAACCCUUUGUUUUGAUAACUUUUUGUAACAUAGCCUGUACUCGCUUUAUGAGGAUUUGCUGGACUUGUCCUCUCUUAUUUGCCGUAUAACAUCGUUUUUUAAGCGUUGUUGUUAAAUGUUAACUUUAGAUAAAUCCAAGCACUUAACAGUUUCUCAUCCUGUGUUCUAGAUAGAUGUCAGGAGUCUUUAAGCAUUAUACGUUUUCUUUGUGUGCUCAGAUCAGCUUUAUUAUUUUGUUCAAUGUACCUGACUCAUUAUAGAAGGAAUAUAAGCAUAUUAUUUACAUCGCAAAAUGUUUAGUUUUUUUUGUAUUCAGCUGUGUGUGUAAUGCAUGCCUUUGGUCCAUUUUAUAUUUCUUACACAUAAACAAACUUGAAUUAAGCAGCAAUGCCUCUACACUACAGCCUAUAGGCUCAAUGGAUAGGGUUGUUUACUGUGUAUACCAUCCAGUUCUUUGAAAUGUGUUAUAAUGUCAGUAUUAUUUUUUAAAUACGUUUUGUUUUUAUCCUGGAACUAUAUGGAAGGUGAUUUGUGAUAUUGACUAUGCUGGUAUAGUCUUAAUUUUUGAUGAAAUGUAAUGAAAAAUCUCUUUAUAUUCAUACCACUAUGAAUUUCAAUGCAGAUAUUGUAUAUAAACGCUGUAGAGGCAAAAUGCUAAUAUAUCUGAAAGGAAAGUUAUUUUGUCAUGAAUAUUUUUGGAAGAUGUAUGCCUCUUGAAGGGUGAAAAUAAAGAAAGUCUCUUAAA